AUGGAGCGCAUGGAAGUGGACGAUUCGGCGGUGGUGGACCUGAGUCUUGGACCUGGCCGUUCCUCCCUUACCAUCACACCGGCCACGGCACGCGAUCUGCGGGCACUGGCGAAGAAUUCUGGCCUCACCAUCACGCCCGCACUGCCACCGGUUCCGGCGCCAUCCGCAGCAUCUCCCGGAAGUCACCACGGCGGUUCUGGCAGCGGUGCAGGCUUGCUCAGCGCACCCAUGGCAGCCGCAGCAGCAACAGUGAGUGGUAUGGGCGUGGAAGGGGGUAACACAUCACCUGUUCCCGGUCGGCGAGUGUUGCGACCCCGCACGGAAGUGAAAUCGUACGCGGAAGUCCCGGAUAUCGUGCUACUUCCGGCGAAGGUGAACGGACGAUCGCAGAACGGAAGUGGUGGCGGUGGCGGAGGCCCCAACAGCGUCGGUACCGGACUGUCCGAAUCCGAGGACGAAGAGAUGCCCCCGGUGUAUCCGAUCAAGGAGCUGACGGCAGCGGAGAUCUGCGAGCGAGAACGCGGCCUCCGGAAGCUGCGUGAGGAGUUACGCAGCGAAGAGACGAAGCUGGUGCUAUUGAAGAAGCUGAAGCAAUCGCAGCAGGUGAUGAUGAAGGAGAAUCUGAUCGUGACACCAGGCAACCCUAAUUUGGCCAACCCACUGGCCGCCAUCCCAGCCGCUCUCACGAAGGGUUCCCUCAGCGUCACGCCGACGAACGCGGUUCCGUUGCCGGCGCACUCGAAAUCAUCCACCGCCAAGCCCAUUUCCAACCCGGUGAACAACCGAGGCUCCCCGCUAAACAUCACGCCCGUGCCGAAGGUGUCACUAUCCCAAAGACCGUCGCUGCCGGGUGGAGCAACCCUGACGCCUAGUAACCCCGGCCAACGGCUGCCGAUCGGGUUGAGCCGGAGCGUAUCCAACCUGAUCAUCACGCCCUCGGUCACGAUCACACCGACCAACGCACCCACCGCGGCCAUGAAGCAGCGCAAUGCACAGAAUCUUGGGCAGCUCAGCAGCUCCGUAUCGAUCACGCCGACUCCGCCGAUACCGGCCCAGAUCAGCUGUACGACCGUCGAGCCGAUCUCCUUGAAGCGCGAUCGUGAUCCACCGACACGCGAGGAUCCACAGAGUCAGGCACAGCGGCAGGCGUCGGCGAAGCUUGCACUACGCAAACAGUUGGAAAAAACUCUGCUUCAGAUUCCGCCCCCGAAACCCCCGCCGCCGGAGAUGCACUUCGUGCCGAACCCAAGCAACAUCGAGUUUGUGUACCUGCUGGGUCUCGAGCACGUGGUCGACUAUCUGACAAAGGACAAGAAGCAGAACCCACCGCAGCAACCGUAUCGAUGCGCGCAGUGCAAGAUUGAUUUCACUCCCGUCUGGAAAUGGGAGAAACAGGGUAAAAGAGGAAAUCCCACUUUUCAGAACAGUCCAGUUGGCAAGGAUCCGAAGGUCAUCUGCGAACAGUGCGUAACAAGCAACGUGAAAAAGGCCCUAAAGGCCGAACACACGAACCGCCUGAAGACGGCAUUUGUGAAGGCGCUGCAGCAAGAGCAAGAAAUCGAAGCUCGGCUGGCGGCACAAAGCAGUCCCUCGCCCGUAGAAAUCCAUCCAACCCCGUCAUCGACGCCCGGACUCCGCGAAGAGAGGGCGUUGCGCGAGCUGGAGCAGGCUCAACAGCAAGCCCAGGCCCAGCAAGUCGCCCUACAGCAGUUGCAACAGCAGCAGCAACAACAAGCGGCAGCGGCAGCAGCUGCUGCCGCCGCUCAGCAGGAGCGCCAGGAGCGACAGCAGCGGCAGAAGGAACAGCAAGAGCAACUGCGUCAGCAACAGGCCCAGUUACAGCAACAACAGCUCCAACAGCUGCAGCAACAGCAACAGCAGCAAUUGCAGCAGCAACUCCAACAGCAGCAGCUACAACAGCUCCAAGAGCAACAGCAACAGCAGCAGAGUCGUCACCAUCAUCUCCACCAGCUGCACGCAGCCCAUCUGCAGUCGCAGGUUCCCUCGAAAUCAAAAACACCCACACCGACGCCCCGUCCGACGCCGACACCACCGAACCAGCAUCAGACACCACCGCCAGCGUCCAGCUCUCGCUCCAACCGGCACAGUGCAACAGCGAAUGCGACCGCCGAGGCAGCAGCCGCCCAACUCUCGGCACUGGCUGGGCUUGGCGGGCUCGGACAACUCGGCGCUUUGGGUAACUUUGGCAGCCUCGGCAACCUAGCCAAUCUCAGUAAUUCGACCGCAGCGGCUGCCGCCGUGCAGGCGCUGCACCAGCAGCUGUUCAGAGGCUUACAGCAAAAUUUGCAAGCUGCUGGUAAUCUUGGAAACAUAAACAACCUACAGGCGCAGAUGAUGCAGUUUUCGCCGCUCCUAUAUUCCUACCAGCUAGCAAUGGCCCAGGCAGCUGCUUCACUAUCAGCCGCCGGUAAAGGGUCUUCACUUGCCGAUAUGCAGCGUGCUCUGGAGCUGCAACGCCAGUACCAGGAGAUGCUGUCGCAGUCGAACCCUGGGCCGAGCAGCAGUCGACAGAACAAUUGGAAAUCAUAA